AUGUAUCAUUAUCCUCCAAAUCUAGGUGAAUUUUUGAUAGAAGAAGUUACAAUUACAAAUACUUUAACAGCAAAUGUAGGUGUGAAUGAAUUUGAAUGUCAGCCGUAUACAAUUUACAAUAUGUCAUUCACUGGACCAAACAAGGAGCUAGUCAUAUUUUCAAGUGACAAUAUCACAAUUUUUAAUGAUCUCAUCUUUUCUCUGUAUGGUACAAUACCAAGGAAGGGUUAUUAUUUAGUAUCUGUAGGACCAAAUACAAAAUUCCACAUACACUUUGUAGUGAAAUCGGAUUCUUAUUUUUUAAAUACUCUGAUUAUUGCAAAUGCUCAAAAUCAGCAAAUACCACGCGUGAAAGAUUCAUCUGAAUUGAUAACUAAACGCAUCAUUCCGUCAUCAAUUGAUGUUUAUAUAUUCGGAGAUGAUCCUUUGGAAGUUACAUUCAUGAGAGAUGCAAAAUCUAAUGAUACAUUAUCAUACUUAAAUUCGUAUUAUUUGGAUGGUGAAUUCACAGAGAUGACAUCAGAAAAAGAAGAAUAUACAGUUUUGAACACACACUUCGUUGCUUUGAAGAUUAAACAACAUUCACUUAAAUAUAAUGGAAUAUAUGGCAUAAAAGAAGUUAAAUACAUGAAUCCAAAUAAUCAAAAAUACAAUUCAUUUGCUACUACAUUAAUCAGUUAUAUGGAUCUUUUUGGCACAUGUGAUAAAUGUUUAACAAAGGUUUAUGUUCCAGAUAAAGUUCCGGAGAAGAAGGAAGAAAACGUUCCAAGUGGUAAAUAUGCUAUGACACCGGAAGAGGAAGAUUAUAAAAUCGGUAAAGGCAAGUUAGUUGUUUUGAGUUAUGAUGCAUCGUCCAAAUUAGAAAUCACAGCUAAGAUCGGCGAUCAUUCCGUUGAUGUUAGUGGCAAGAAGAAAUCCGCCGUCCUCUUCACAGAAGAAGGAUAUCUUACGAUCACAAACAAGAAGAAUAACAACAACAAUAAGAAAUCACAAGUCUUCAUGUACAUAUACGACAUCUCUAAUUAUCCUCCAUUCGACUACUGGAUCUUCAUCACGGGCACACCGACGAUCCAAGCUAAAGAUUUCGGUGUUGACAGCAAGCACUUGUUGGUAAGCGCAUCGCGAUCUUCGCAUCUUUCUUCAAGUCGACAUCGACACUGA